AUAAUAUACAUUAUUAUUACACAACCGCGACGGGUACGUGCACGGCGGCGGCACACGCGGCUCGCGGCGUUGGCACACCGCCGAGGUGUCGAAGGCUGCGUGUCCCUCUGCAAUCAUUAUCAUCAUCGUUAUUACUAUUAUUAUUACUAUACUAUCGCAUUAUCGGCAACGGCGGUGGCCACGGAUUGGCCGGCGACCGUCCUGCCCAUUUUUUCCUCUCUGGUCCAGCCGCCGCUCCGCCCGGGUUGACAGUCCGCCCGACAGCUCCAACCGGUUGCAUUAGCGGUGCGUGAACAGUGCACGACGGGUGUAAACAACAACUGCGGUCCGUACGAUCUACGCACACUUACGGCAAGUCGUUCGUGUAAAUAAUAUCAUUGAUAUUAUAUAUCAAUCGUGCGCGUUAAAUUAAAUAUAAUAAUUUAUCGUUAUUACCGUUUGGUAUUUAUGAAAUUUUAAAAAAUUGCAUUUUAUUAUCGUAUGUAAAUUUUUUUUUCAACAAUUGUUUCGGUUGUUAUUGUCGCGCACGACUAUAUAACCCUGCAGAUAAUACGAGAAAAGACGAUCACUCGAGUGCGAGCGUCGUUGAAAUAACGGUAUGGACAUGUUGAUCGUUAAGGCAGAGGACGAAAACGACGAGAGGAAAGCUCUCUGCAACGGCAAUAACAACAACAACAACAACAACAACAACAAUAACAAUAACAAUAACAAUUGUAAGAAGAACAACGGCGUCGGAACGACAGCGAAAACGGUGGCAGCGACGACCGGUGGUGUCGGGACCGGCAGGUCCGAAAAACCACCUUACUCGUACAUAGCCCUAAUCGUCAUGGCAAUCCAGAGUUCGCCGGUGAAAAGGCUCACGUUGAGCGAAAUAUACUCUUUCCUCCAGCACAGAUUUCCUUUCUUCAGAGGUUCCUACCAGGGAUGGAAAAACUCAGUGCGGCAUAACCUGUCACUGAACGAAUGUUUCAUUAAGCUGCCAAAAGGGUUGGGGCGUCCGGGAAAAGGUCAUUACUGGACAGUGGAUCCAGCAUCAGAGUUAAUGUUUGAAGAGAGCUCAUUCAGACGAAGACCCCGGGGAUUCCGUCGCAAGUGCCAACAGAAGACUGUUGGGCCGAUCAGUGGAGUCGUUAGUGGUUAUCAAACGUCACAGUACCAUCAGCACCUUCAUCACCAUCAUCAUCACCAGAACUUACAGCUGCAACAACAGCAACAGCAUCACCAUCAUCCGACCGUCCAACAGCAGCAAACGCAGUCGUUACCUCAGACUCAGUCGUCACCGAUUCUGCCACCUCCGCAGCAACCACAGCCUCCACAGCAUCAGCAACAGCAACCAAUUGCCACUCAAUCGCAUCCGCAACAACCGCAACCACAGUCACAAUCAGCGGCUUGUUAUCUGCACGACCAAUACGAUUACAAGGACGCAACAGCUGCAGUGGUCUCGGGAUACCACCAGCAGCAGCAACAGCAACAGGACUACAGUAGUGGUACAGGUGGAGGAAUUGGCAUUAGCAGCAGUGGAGGGUACUGCAGCAGGAACGACCAGUUGGACCAUUUUGCGGCUAAUUUUUGGCAAAGUCAAAAGUCUGACGGUUACGUCGGCGGCACGGGUGGCUACCAAGAACAGUUUGAUUACGGUUGCCAGUAUAACUUGACUCACGACAAUGGUUAUAGCACGGUUGCGAGAAGAUCGGCGACUGCGGCCGGACAAACACAACAAACCGUCAUGGACAACGCUAUGAACGCCAGUAGCGGAUUACCACAACACAUAAGUCUCCACCAUUAUUAUGACUGUCCAAAGUUUUGUUAAGCUGUCAUGGUUUUUAUGUAUGUGACGUGUAAUGUGUAUGCAUUGGACUUUUGCGUUAAAAAAAAAAAAUACACAAUAAAAAACCGCAAAUACCACUCCAAUAGGGUAUAACUAUUGUAUUGUAUUGUAUAUAAAUAUAAAAUAAGAUAUAUUUUAGCUAAAUGUAUGUUUGAUAUUAUUGUACAUCACGAAAUGUAUAUAACGCUCGUAAACAUUAAAACGGAUAGAAAGCAAAAUCGGUAUAUUGAAGCAUUCGGUUAUCGCGUGAUUCCUUUCGACAAUAGUAUGUCUUUCACUUUUAAGUUUUAAUGAAUAUAAGAAUAUUUUAUCUUUAAUCUGAAUAAUAUGACUACCGUUAAGUCUCGCUAAGCAUUCACAAAACAUUUUAUAUCUGACUUCAGUGUGAACAAGUGCACUGCGAGUACACUUAUUACAGUACAAUAUAUAUAUAAGUAGCGAAAUAACAAUUUCAUUUAUGAUACCUAGUUCUUAUUUUUUUUAAAAAAAAGCUCUUUAGACAAUAAACACAUUUCUUAGUUUAUCGUUUGAAAAUAAAAGUUUCGUUGUUUUAAUUUAAACACGUAAUAGAGAAAUAAACUAACAGCGGAUAUAAAACAAAAUGUCAUGAUAAAUUAUAGAUAAUAAAUAUUAAUUUAAUCUCUCAAUAUGUAUACGAAAAAUUAUUACUUGGUAUUAGUUAGAUACAUGUCGCAGUUUUAUUUUUUAGGAUUAAAGUGUGAUGUAUAUAAUCCAUUUAUUAAUGUAUUUUUUUUUUAACAUUUUGUAAAUUAUAUAAUAAUAAUUGGCCCAACCAUCAGUUGUGCAAAUACAAAUAUCGAAUGUCAUCUCUAGUCUCUCUCUCUGUAUAAUAUAAUAUUGUAUCGACAAAACGUGAAUGUUCGAUAUUUCGUAUUGAAUAAAAGGCUGAACAUUUAAAUCAAUAUGUAUUACAUAUAUAUAUAUAUGACAUAUGUAAAUAGUUAUACGAUUAUUUUAAUUUUUAUGUAAUUUUAAAACCAUUUCGUGUAGAAAUAAAACAUACCGCACAGAAAUUAUGUAUUUUGGUAUGUGUAUAUAAUAUUAUGUAAGUACGAAAUAUAUUAAAUAUAGUAUUAUACGUA